GGACUUUAAGAAUAUGCGGCCCCUUUAAGAAACAUGACUCGCUGCGCAUUGAGGAUGCGCAGAAGAGAGAAGCGAGAGAGACGAGACGAGCUGAAUAUUUCACCAGUCGAGGUUGAAAGUGACACUGUUAACGAUCGCGAAUGAAGGACAAAUGUGGAAUAUUUUCUUCGGAUGCCGUAUAUUUCCAGUCUGCAGAUCUGGUGUCCAUCCCACAAUAAUUCACCAAUAAAUACUGGGAAUAUUCACAUCAUCCUACAAGAGAAGGACAAACUCCAGGAGUAGCAGCUGAAAUCUGUGUGACUGUUAAAGAUGGAGUUUAUUAAAGAGGAGAUUGAAGAGAUGAGUGAUCCAGAACCAUCCAGAAUAAAACAUGAAGAUACUGAGGAACAAAUAGAUCGGAUGGAAGUGAAAGAGCAAAGACAACAAAUGGAGAAAAUUAAGGAGGAACAUCAUGACUUUAAAAUUCAAGAAACAAAAGCCAAAAAGCUGCACACCUGCACUCAGUGUGGAAAGAGCUUCAGUCUAAAAGGAGACCUUAACGUACACAUGAGAAUUCACACUGGAGAGAAACCGCAUACAUGCACUCAGUGUGGAAAGAGCUUCAGUCUAAAAGGACACCUUAAGACACACAUGAGAAUUCACACUGGAGAGAAACCGUAUACAUGCACUCAGUGUGAGAAGAGUUUCAGAGAUUCAUCAGCUUUCCGUGUUCAUCUGCUCCGUCACUCUGGAGAAAAACCAUAUAACUGUGAUCAGUGUGGUAAAGAUUUUCAUUCGUCAUCAAGUCUAAACAAACACCUGAAAAUUCAUUUAGACGAGAAGCCUUAUGUUUGUUCUCUCUGUGGAAAGAGUUUUUCAAGAAUGGAUCAUUUUAAACUGCAUCAGAAAACACACAAUGAAGUGAGAGAUUAUAUGUGUUUUGACUGUGCGAAGAGCUUUACUUCAUCAAGUCAUCUGAAACUGCAUCAAAGAAUUCAUACUGGAGAAAAACCUUACAAGUGCUCAUAUUGUGACAAAAGUUUCAGUCAUUUGGGAACACUGAAAACACAUGAGCGGCUUCAUACUGGAGAGAAGCCGUACCACUGUACUCAGUGUGAGAAGAGUUUUAUUUCAUCAUCAAAUCUAAAGAAACACCUGAUAGUUCAUUCAGAUGAGAAGCCUUAUGUGUGUUCUCUCUGUGGAAAGAGUUUUUCAGGGCUGGACAGUUUUAAACUGCAUCAGAAAAUACAUACAGGUGUGAGAGAUCAUGUGUGUUUGGACUGUGGGAAGAGCUUUACUGCAGCUGCCUGUCUGAAACUGCACCGAAGAAUUCAUACUUGAGAAAAACCUCACAAAUGCUCAUUUUGUGA